AUGUGGCUUGGACAACCUACUUUAACUCCUUAGCUCUGUGUUGUUCUGUGUAUCUUUCUGUUUUCUUUAUAUUACCAUCGUCCUGGAGACACGUCGUCUCUUGUCACUAUGUACUGCGUCAUCUAUAUGCGCUAGACACAAAAAGUUCCGGGUGGAAAUUGUGGUGACUUUUAGCUGUUAUUUUUUCCGUUCAGCAGCAGCAAUUUUGCGAUAGUAAAAGUAUGCGAUAAAUGUGCUGCUUGGUUGUUUUUUGGUACAAAAAAAAACAAAACAGGCCCCACUCUCGAGAUUCCACACACGCCAUGCAAGCUAACUUUAAAUAGCAGCCUGAGAGCUAUCUGAUCAGCGGCAAUAGGAAUUGAAACUGAAAUCUGACACCACAACUUGGAGCCUGUGGUACGGUGCUAAGUGCUAACGCUAGCUGAUUCCGCCGGCACUUUCUUUAACGGGUCUGCAACGAUACAGCUAAUAUACAUCCGAGGAGGAAUGAGAAGGUCUGUUACAGUAAUUUAAUAAGUCUAUCAGUCGGUGUUCAACGUUAAUAAUUUACUGUGCAUCACCCAGAAACAUUUAAAGCUGUUAUCUGAAUUUUUUGGCUAUAAGAUGCCUCAGACGCGGCGGUCACAGACUUGGGCAGAGCUGAAACAAGCUGGAAACGACUGCUUUAAGACCGGACAAUAUGGAGACGCCGUCUCUUUGUACAGCCAAGCCAUCGAGCUGCUGAAGAAAUCGGGACUGAAGAGCCAGGAAGAUCUCUGUAUUUUAUAUUCUAAUCGGGCAGCUGCUUACUUGAAAGAUGGAAAUUGCAGCGAAUGCAUUAAGGACUGCUCAAUCUCUUUGGAACUGGUUCCAUUUGGGAUUAAAUCACUUUUACGCCGUGCUGCAGCUUAUGAAGCUACGGAGAAAUACAGACAAGCCUAUGUUGACUAUAAAACAGCCUUACAGAUCAACUGCAACCUGCCUGCAGCUUAUGAUGGAACAAACAGAAUGGUAAAAGCACUGACAGAGAUGGAUGGACCUUCCUGGCGAGAAAAGCUUCCUCCAAUCCCGAAUGUUCCCAUGCCAGUAAAAGAGAAAUUUUUGCAAACAGCAAACUCAACUGUGACUGCACAGCAGAACAACCUAAAUGGAAAUAAACAAAUGGGUGGUGAUGUGAAAAAGGCCAAACUGCUCAAAGAAGAGGGAAAUGCAUUUGUGAAGAAAGGACAGCAUAAAAAUGCAGUGGAGAAAUACACACAGUCUCUUAGCCACAAUCCCACUGAGGUCACAACCUAUACAAACAGGGCUUUGUGCUAUCUUUCACUACAAAUGUAUAAGGAUGCAGUAAAAGACUGUGAAAAGGCUCUUGAGCUGGAUCCUGCUAACAUUAAAGCACUGUACAGACGUGCACAAGCACACAAGGAGCUUAAGAACAAGAGAACUUGUGUGGAGGAUCUCAAUAGCUUGCUAAAAAUAGAUCCCAGCAACAUGGCUGCACAGAAGCUACUACAAGAAGCACUGAGGAUGAAAUAACCUUUUCUUUUUGGCAAUACCUUAAGUGCCUCAAGAUAACAAUUCUCAGACCUGCACCACUUCUUUGACGUUCACACUUGCUACUUAAAGAGGGACAUUUUAGAAGUGACUAAUUUAAUCACACCCAAAUGUAUUGAAUGUUUCUCUUCUGUAAAUUUAUGCAGUGUUUUUCCAGAGGCACCUCAACACAAUCAAUAUACUUCUCACAACCAUUUGUCUAUUAUUUACUGUAUGGAAAAGCAAAGAAUUCUGUAAAAAUGUCAUGCAA